GCCUGGUCACACUGUGAAUUUUUCUUUCAAAGCUGAACGUUCGUGUUGCGCUAAAACCGCUUGGGUCGCGAAUAAUUUGAAAAGCUCUGCAAACAGAAACUAAUAAGUCGGCAAAGUCAACUGGUAGCUGCCUGUUUGUUUUAAAAGGCGACUUGAAAGGUUAAAUACGCGUCGAGCAGUACACUCUAACAUUUGAAUUCUGUCAAGAAAAAGGACAAAGCAAAGCAAGACGCAGGACAAGCGAAAAUUGUUGGUGACUUUACUCUCUUGUGUCUACUUGUGCCUCUUUUUCGCUUUUCGUCGCUCACUGCUGCGUUUGUGUGAGUCCGUGUGGCUGCGUCGGACUUGCUUGUGUGUGUGUUUUUUGCGAGAAUCUGCAAGAGGCAACGCCGAAAAAGAAACGAAAAAAACUGAGAAAUAAAACGCAGUGGUGAAUCACAACUGAAUCAUCUUUGCAGUACUUGCUUCUGUGUAGUCAGUCAAGUUCAAAAAACACCAAGAUGGAGCACCAAGAGGACAACGCUCGUUUCGAAAACUACUUGGAGAAUCGGUUGGCAGAAAGCCUGCAGAUAUCCGGGGUUGCCGGCGAAAACCAGCACCAGGCGAAUCUGGCCGCUAGUGAACUCCCGGCGUCGGCCGAUAUCGCAUCAUCAAAAUCCGAUCAGAGGGACGAAGAUGACGAGUGGAAGUACAUACACGAGGUGCAGCAAAGUGAGAAGCUCCAACAGCAGAAACAUCAAACUCUGGAUGCUGGCAACGGGUAUAGCUCCCAUCCUGAAGAUAUGAUUGUUGGCAUUGGUAAUGGUGCCUCCGCCGGCUUCGUAUACGAGGAGGAGGAUGUAGAGGUGAUCAAGAACGACGGCGACUUUUCAACAAAUUCAAACACCACUACUUCCACGGGCGAAGUGGCCCCUAAAGGAGAGCAUACUUUCGAGGAGACUGAGGCAGCUCCCGAGCAGCAGCACCAGAAGCCACAAUCUCCGGACCUCGGCCAGGAGGAGGAGGAUGAGCAGAGCUCGGUUGCCACAACAUACGGUACCAGCAGCCUCAGCGAGAACAAUCCAACACCUUUGGACGAAGUGGUGCCCGUGGCCCCACUGGAGGCCCAAAAUCUGGACAGUUUUGAUGGCAAGGAAAAUGUGGAGCCUAUUGUGGAACAGGAGGAUAACUACUCCCAGCUAAAUCCCAAUGCAGUCAUUUUUGUGCCAAGCUUUGGCUCUCAACCGGCGUCCCCUCUCCCUGCUGCUGAUGUCCCAGUUUUCGGCCUGAAUCAUAGACAAAUUCUAGGUGGUCCGUUGGACGAUCUGGUGGCAGAGAGUCCGCGAAAGGGCUCUGCCAAGGAUAAUAUGGACGCAAUCGCUGUGCCCGAUGAGCGCGAAUUCGACAUUGAGGCAGACAAGAGGCCCCACGAACUCGAGCAGGAUUCGGAUGUUUUCGGGGAGGGAAACUUGGAGGAGCAACUUCUGAAUGGCGUCGGUUCUGCAAACCCACCUGAGCCGACCAAUGUGAUAGACCAUGGUCCGGAGACCAGCGUGGACUUGGAUUUGUCGCUAGACCAAGUAACCGGUGACGGUGACAUCAUGAAACACUCGAUCUAUGGCGAACAAAACACUUCCAUUGAAGACAUUCUGAACUCCGUUCAGCCGCUCCCAACUCAACCGGGCGAUGAAUUGGUUGAGAAGGAGUCCCUGAACAUUGAAGUAAAGGAACUUGUCUCAAAGUCUCCCUCUACUGAAGAGCUGCAGUUCCAGGAGGAGAUUAACCACGGCUUCGACCUUCAACAGCCGCUUUAUCAGAAGCCACUCGGCGGAUCCGCUGACGAAGAUCCCAUGCAGGCUUCGUUCUACCUGGAAAACACAUCCUCUGAAGCCCAAAACCAAGAGAUUGAGCUGCCGGUGGAGAGACGCGACCCCUUUGCCGAGGAGAGUUUCUUGCUGGACACAAGUGCCCCACAGCUGACUCCUCAAACGAACGAGCCAAUGGCCAACUUCGAGCUCAACUCCCAACUAGCUGACAUCGUAGAUAUUACACCUUCUCCCCUUUCUCUUACCGAAGAGAAGCACUUGGUCGAGGACACCAAGGAAAUGGUAGGAGACGAUUUGCAGACCAGACCAGAGGAACCAGAGCAUUUGGAGCUGGGUUUCGUACCAGAGGACGAGUUGGAGCUGGAACAGCCAACUGAAAUCGUAGCAGGCGUGGAUCUGGAGCAGGGCUUUGCCAAGGAGGACGACCCAGAGCCCAAGGUAUAUCUGGAGUCAAAUGUGGUCGAGCCUGUUUCAGCUGGAGCGCCUCCACAGGAGGAGUCGUAUGCUGCCCCUAACGCAGCUUCUGGCAAUAUAGCUCAACACGAAGAUGCACUGUCUCCAGCAGCCCAGGGAAUCAAUCCAUUUGCCCAGCCUUUUACGCCUGCGUACGCCCACCUCGCUCAUAAGGAAUUGGAUGAAAUCGCGCCCCAAGAGGAGUCAAAUAUUGUGGAAGAGAGUCAACCAUUGAAUGCAGAGGCACCAACAUAUGAUGAACUUCAAUUGGAGGAGGAGCUUGUGGAAGAAGAAUAUGCUGUUAAUCCUAGUUUGGCACCAACGAACUUAGACCUUGGCGAAAAGAUCGUUUCAGAGUCACUAGAAAAUAAAGUGGAAUUGCCAACAGCCAUUGCUACUACUGAUGCAGAACCGCCUUUAGUUGGUCUCGACCAGGAAAAGCUAUUUGAUGGAGAGGACCUACAAGGGCUAGAUCCAGUUAAGCCAGAGCCCAUUGCUUUGGAGGAAAAACUUCCCACUGAGGCUGAAGUUGUUCUACCGCCUAGUGAACCUGGCACAGAAACGAACAAGAUUGAGGAGGUAGUUAAAGCAGAUAUCUCGACCCCCUUAGCUGAAACCAUCAUCAAGGCCAAAGCCAUCUCUGUGGAUUCAAAGAAACCAACAACGAAGACGGUUGCCAAGCCAAAGACUUCGGCUAGUCUUCCUACAGCUAAACGAGAUACCGCUGCGGUUCCCCCUUCGGGAGCAACAAAAGUAGCUACUGCUCGCCCACGGACAGCACCUGUAGCAGCCAAAACUACUAUUGGAGUCACUAAACCAUUGUCAGCAGGAUUAACCACAGCCACAAGAAAACCACUUAGCAGCAGUGCAGGUCCCAAUGCGAAGGGGUUGCCCAAGACGGCUCUGACUAGCACACGGCCCUCCACUGCUCCAAUAAGCAAACCAAAUGUGGCAGCUAAAACUACAGUGAAUAAACAAGGUGCCAAUGCAUCGACAACUGGAGGAUCGGUUUCGGCGCCUGGAGCCAGGGCACCGGCUCGGACUCGCCCAUUGACGUCAGCUCCAAAGUCAGCUACCAACGCCACUUCCGCUGAGGAUGGAACAAACAGUUUAACUCGAAAAGUGGCAUCUGCCAAUGCAGCUGGAUCCAAACCUCGGGUGAUGGUCGUCCCGCCGGCUACUGCCAAGCCAAAGGUGUCACCGCCCCGCAGCGCUACCAGCGCUCUACCUCGGCCAGCUCCCAAGUCUACACACUCAACAAGUUCCACCACCACCAGCCAGGGAAGCUCCCUUCGACGACCCCUGGGCGCUGCGACAGCCUCUGCCCCAAGAAAGUUGUCGCCUUUGAAGCCAACUACUGCUACUACAAGGGCAUCGCCCCUUAAAUCCUCCACAACGCCCCUUAAGUCUAAAGCCAAAGAAUCCAUCCCGACUAAACCAUCACCAGCUGAUCAGAAAAUUCGCAAGAGUACUUCACUAAAGGGUGCUACAUCCAAAAAGGCGGAAGAAGUUCCACCUUUAUCCGACGCUACUACUGUUGCCACCAACGGCGGCACAAAGGAGGAAGUCACUGUCGAACAAAAUGGAAGCGGUCCCCACCAAGUGGAUGGAUCACACCAAAUUGUCGAACAACAGGAUCAGCAAGUUCUUCCAGUUGAAACAACCGUUCAAGCUUCUCUUCUUGAAUUUUAA